AGUUGUCGUCUGCUGCUGCAAGCCAGUUUACUCGACUGUGAUCAAGACUCGACACUUGUCCUAGCUACAGAACUUGCGCUCCUUUCUUUUCUCGUUGAUUUCCCGCUGCUCGUACUCUCUGCAGUCCUAAAAUAAUAAAAUUGUUCGAUCGUAAAGAAGGGAAAUUGACCAUGGAAGCUGAUUCCUGGGCCGUUCUCGCUGCUGCUGCCGGCAAGCCUUCCCCCCGCCUGUACGAGUCUUGGGAGGACGGCCGUACGAGAUUGUUCGGCGCAUCGGCGAAGCCGCUCCUUCGGCUCUGGAUUGAUUCCGCCGUAUGGCACCCCUUCGCCCUGCAGGUCUGGAUGAUGAUCGAGGCCAUGCAGAUCCCGUACGAACGGCGGGUCGCACCGUUAUCGGCGUAUGUGAAGGAAACAUCGGAAGUCGACGCGCGGCGACUGAUGUACUUAGAGCAGGAAUUAGGCGCCUACGGGGCGAGCGCGGACGGAGUGCCGUACGUGCAGGAAGCCGCGGGAGCAGCAGGAGGAGGCGGAAGCAGUUCCUCCGCAAGUGCGGCGAGGACUCUGUCCUGGGGCAAGCCGUGGGGCGAGAAGUCUGCCGUCGAGUUGACGAAGAAGCUGCACAAGGUCUUCCCGCACCACGCCCUGCUCCCACAGGAGGCGGGCCAGCGAAAAGUGCACGACCAGAUGUUGGCGAAUUACCCGGCGCUGCAGGGCGCGGCCUACGGCGUUUUCAAGGGGCGGGGCGGCACCGCGUCACGGGCCGCGGAGCAGAAAUUCGUCGCCGCCAUGGACGGUUGGGCCGCCGCGUACAGCGGAAAUAAUCGAAGCGGAGUUUUUUUCUUCGGAACUCUUCCCUCCGCCGUGGACGUGCUGCUGCUGCCACUCCUGGAGCGGAUCGAAGCGAAUGUACCGCACCCCGUGGUGGGUGGGCUGCCGCACCUGCCGCUGUCCAAGUGGCCUUCUUUGGCGAAUCUUCUCGAGUUUGCGCGGCUGGACGGGGGGCGGGAAUUUCCCUUUUGCUCGCUGCUCGGGGACGCCGUUUCGGUAUCCGGGGUGCGCAUGGCUGUGACGGGAAUGGUGGACGGCGUGCCGGCGCCGGUCCCGCCGAAGUCGGUGGAGGGCGCGGCCUCGAAGCUGGCGGAAUUGAAAAGGGGGAUGAGCGGGUCUUUAAGAAAUGCGGGUGGAGCGGGGUCCUCCGCCCGGGGCUCGGCGCGGGCGUCAUCCUCAUCUUCGAGCGGGUUCAAGCUUGGUGGAGCCGGUGCUGCUUCGGUGUCCUUGGGUUUGCAAACGAAACUCAACUCGACUGCGUCUGCUUCGUCGAGAGCUGCUCCCCCCGCGCCCGAUGGCGUUGAAAAUUUUGCCGACUACCCGUCCGCCUGCCGCGAGGCGGCGGCGCGUUUGAGCAACAAUGGCGAGCCCGUCGCGGGAUUCGCUGCCGGAGGGUCCGGAACGGGCCGGCCGCGACGGGAGGCCGGCCGCAGGGGAAGACCAUCUGCCGAUACCGUGAAGGCCGUUGAUACGCUGUUGCGCGGAGUUGCGCGGUCGCUGAUAGAUUGUGCCUCCUCUACUCCUACCGCGGGCGGAAACGAGCCAUCAACCGCGGGCACGGCGCAGCAAGCGACGAGCAUUGGCGCCCUGGUGGCACAGAAUUUUGGGAAGGAUGCCGCAGUGAAAGCGGCCGAGGCGUUGGCUUUUUUAGCAGAGAAUACGGGCGUGCCACGAGAUAUGGCAGUCCGCCCAGCCGCGGUCUUUCGAGCACACAACUUGCUCUUCGCCGCAGGAGCCUGGGAGGCCGCCACGUCUCCUUCGAAAUUUCCCCCGCGCAAACGAGAAAACCGACGGGAAGAUUUGUAAAUGAAAAAGCGUCUGUGACACAAACUCACGUUGUUGGACCUGUGCAGCUGUACUUCUAGCGUGCUGGCAUUGUUGCGGUGGUUACUUACUGCUCCUGUCUGAUGAGCUUCCUCCAAGAAGUUCGAUCUCGCUUCUCAGCGACGAUAGUAAAUGAGUCGGUCCCAUUUUUGAUUAUUGUGCCGGAUAUCUUCAAGCACCGGACCGAUGUAGGGUUUGUUCCGUACAAGGCUUGGGACAUUCGGGGUUUCUCUUGCCUUCUGGCCUUCAAGCAU